CACUGAGCGUUAUUUCCGCCAGCAGGUGCUUUUCUAACGGGACCGCACUCAUACUCCCCUGCACACUGCCUGCACACUGCGCCAUGUCCAGACCCCUGAUCCUCCUCCUCGUCCUCUCCGCGGCGCUAGGCUCGGAAUACCGGGCCUCCUCCGCCUCCGCCGCCGCGCCCUCGCCCUGCCUCGCCCCGACGGAGUGGGAGGGCCGCUGGGUGCAGUACGACCACAGCACCGGGAGAAACAGCAGGGUGGCGGUCUCCUACGAUGCCCCCAACCAGCGGCUCCGGCUCCUGCAGCAGCACAAGAAGCACACGCCUUGUCAGAGGUAUUUCGAGUUCAUCUACCUGUACCAGAGCGGCGUGGUGUUCCAGAUCGACCAGAAAACCAAAGAGUGCGCCAAGCUCCCCCUCAGCGAUCCCUGGGACCCCUUCGACGUCCCGGACAACUCCACUUUCGAGGACCAGUACACGGUGGGGGGCCCUGGGGACAACGUGGAGGUGCAGGAGUGGUCCGACCGCAAACCUGCCCGUCAGCAUGAGACGUGGGUGGGCGUGUACACGGUGAAGGACUGUUACCCCGUGCAGGAGACCUACACCAAGAACGCCAGCGUCACCACCUCCACGCGCUUCUUCGACCUGCGCCUCGGCAUCAGCGACCCCCAGGUGUUCACGCCGCCUUCCACCUGCGCGUCGGCCCGGCCCCGCCCCCUCAGUCACGCCCACUGCUGACCGAGGAAUGAAGACCGUUAAAAAAACAAAAGUAAAUCGAGUUCUAAGCUGCAGAUGAAAACAUGAUUAUAACAAAACACCAAAUGACUCUGGGGAAUGUUCUGUCAAAAGUUUGGACGCACCUUUUCAUUUCUGUUUUUUAUUUUCAUGAUUAUUUACAGUGUAGAUUCUCACUUAAGGUAUCAAAACUAUGAAUGAAACUGAGAGAAGACAAAGGUUUUGCAGCUCUGUCGACGAUGGUUUAUCUGUAGUUUGAUUUAAAUUGUGUUAUAUGACAGCUUUGUGUGAAUUAAAGUUCAAACACUGAGGUGUCCUUGACCUACA